AUGGUGCGGAUGAAGGGGCCCGGAUUCGGAUGGACUCCAAUCAGCGGCUCAGCUGCCCUGAGCAGCAAGUCGAGCUCGCAGGUGGUGCAGCAGGAUGGACAUACCUCGCAGAGCUCCCGUUCACUGGUGGUGCUGGGCAGCAGUUGCAAAUGCAUCCGUCGGAGUCUGGAGGAGAACAAUAGCUGCCCAAAGUGCAGUUCCGCCAUUAAGAAUUCAAAGCAGAUAUAUCCAAACUUCCUCUUGAACGAGCUGGUCCUGAAGCAGCGUCAGCGGCUAGAGAAUCGAAUCGAGAUGGAACAACCGAGCGUCCAUCACCGGCAGACUAUCCAGGAGUUGCUGGCGCUGGACCGAGAUGGCUUGGAGCUGGCCGACGUGAACCGCAUUCUGGAGCUGCUCGCUCAGAAGAAGAUGCAGCUGGAAGCGACUCCACCUUUGCUCGCACCGGUGACAGUGGCCAAGUCGCCUUCCAAGGGCGGCAUCCCCAAGCCCCUUGCCACGGGGGAGGUCGUGAAGAAAAAGCGAAAAGUUUUGCAUCUGUCGGACUCCGAGGGCUCGGACAGCAUGGAUUUCAUGGUCGACGAAGAGCUGCUCGCAAGUGUGUCGGGCGUGAUGCCGUCCAAGCGAACUGAACAGGCCAGGGCAGCAGGCAAGAUGAGAUCUGCCGUCGUUGUCACGAGUGUCAAGACGGCGAUUGAGAUCUCAAGAAAAAACACGUUGACAGCAAAGAUCAAACAAGGGAAGAUGGUCUCUGCAUCACCUUCCAUCAAGCUUCCUGCAAAACGGCGACACUCACCCUUUGACUGGUUUGAGGGUCCAGAUGUCGACACCACUUCUGAAUCGGAGGAUUAAAAGAGAAUCGGAGUUUGUUUUGAGCGACGUUGUUCUACGUUCCAUUGUUCUUGGCGAAAUGGUAGCCAGG